UCGCUAUUCUUCCACGCUUUUUGUCGCAACUGUCGCAUUUCGUUAGUUCCAAUCAUGCGGUCGCCAAAGCACCACACUUAAAAUGUUACUCGGUGUGCUAAUAACAAUAUUCAGUGAAGUGUACAGCAGUGAAGUGAUAAAAGAUGCGAAGCCGUGCUCUUUCCCGAUACCAUUGGAUAUGCCGAACCGAAACGAUCGCUCCGAUCAGUGCUGGUUGAGGAUCGAAGAUGAGGAGCUGGUGGAGACUGUGACAUUGUUCUGUUACAUCGCUCACGGUUUCCUAAGGAACUACAUUCACGAUUACAAUUCGAGGAAGAUGAUUGAGGAUGGUGUCGACGUGAGCCUCUGGAGCGAGGAGCCGCGAUCUCAAGACGAUGUCGUGCCGAAACCGAUGACCGACCCGAAAGGAAUCAAAGACUGGAAGCUGACCACUGUAUUGGACCCUAUCACGCGUAUGAGGCUCUAUGUGAGCAAGAAAGCAGAUUGUAAGAUAGUGAUGUACAGUCGAGAGGGGAUGAGCAAUUACAAAGUUAAUUGUGAAAGAGUUCUGUACUACGUAAAUGAAAGAAUGCAAGGUAGCGCUGUUAUACCCCGUGUGCACAUCGGCUUGAUAUGCAUUAGUAUUUUCCUUGUAGUUAGCAUGUGAUCAUCACAUACUUAAUUUUAUCGUCAAUUGUUCAUAAGCGACCUUAUAAUUGUUAUGAUAUGGCCUUCCCGUUCUGAGGGAGGAAAAUGUUGCCAGUGCAGUGUACAACGGUUGCAAUCAAUUAACUAUAAAUUAAAUUAAUUGGAUUGUAGUUUGAUACUGUUAAUGAAUAUUGAUAACUUAUUUAUUAAUUAAAGUAAUUUGACCUUUAAUCGUU